CUUAGGGGCUGGCGCUGGGCACAGGACGCCCCCCCUUCACAGACAUAGACACAACCGAACUCCUGGGGCUGCGCAUGCGCGGGUUCCUGGUCCAAGAAAGCAGAUUGGGGCCACUAAGGACUGGAACAUACAAAGCAUUGGGCAUGGAAUUCUCUGCUUACUGAAGGCUGAGCAGCAUCCUUUCACUUCCUGCCAUAGAAGAAACUGAUCUUUCCCUGCUACUUGACAUCUUUGUUUAGAGAAAACAAACACUCCCUCAAGAAUGCAAAAAUGCAGUUGAUGCUUUUUGGGGACCUCUGUAUUCCUUUUGGGGAGCAGCAGCUUGGCCUUGAUUAAUUUCAUAAUGUUUGUCUUUUUUUGUUCUUUUUAAGGGUGAGCAUAUUUUCAGAAUUAGACUCUUUGUUUUAGAGCUAUUAUUGGACUAAAGGAAAUGGAGGAAAAGGAGCGAUGUGAGGAAUUCUAUUUGACACUGUGAUGCUAGAGCCAUGCAACAUAUAUUUCAAGGGGAGACCAGGAGAAAGGCAGAAAUAUACUAAGACUAAAGGAGGGAAGAGGGUGGGUGGAAGGAAAAUGAUUCAUGUCUUUAAGUUACUUUUGCAGCCAUCCAAUAAAGUGAACGGUUAAAGCAACAAGAUUUCCACUUGGAUCAGGUGGAGUUGCCUAGAAAGAAAGGAGUUAUUUGCUCUUUGCUUUUCACAUGUGUGGAGAAACAUAAACUUUAUCAUCUCCCAACUUCACUUCUUACACCACGUGGAUAAAAAUGAGUUGUGUGCCAUGGAAAGGUGACAAAACCAAAUCAGAAACACCAGAAACGCCACAGCUGACGCCAGUGCGUAUUUAUCACGAAAAGCAACGCAGGGAGCUGUGUGCUCUCCAUGCCCUCAACAAUGUCUUCCAGGAUGGCAAUGCCUUUACGCGAGAUACGUUGCAAGAAAUUUUCCAGAGGUUGUCUCCCAACACUAUGGUGACACCACACAAGAAGAGCAUGCUGGGAAAUGGGAACUAUGACGUAAAUGUCAUCAUGGCAGCUCUUCAGACCAAAGGUUACGAAACAGUUUGGUGGGAUAAGCGCAGGGAUGUUAAUGUAAUUGCCCUCUCUAAUGUGAUGGGCUUCAUUAUGAAUCUGCCUUCAAGCCUCUGUUGGGGUCCAUUGAAACUUCCUCUAAAACGGCAACAUUGGAUCUGUGUCCGGGAAGUGGGAGGGACCUACUACAAUCUUGACUCUAAACUCAAGAUGCCUGAAUGGAUUGGUGGUGAAAGUGAGCUCAGGAAGUUUUUGAGACACCAGUUGCGAGGAAAGAACUGUGAACUUCUAUUGGUGGUGCCUGAAGAGGUGGAAGCACGUCAGAGUUGGAGAGCUGAUGCAUGAUCUGCAAAUUCCCUGUCCUCACACUACAGUACUGGUCCCCUCCCCCACCACCUUCUAAUGUCCUGUGAUGUGGAUUAUGAGCACUCUUAACCCCUCUUCCUUGGAAGUCUGGAGAGUUAUUUUCUCCAUUAUGAGGGUGCAGUAAGGCAGCCACAAGUUAUUGUAGGGCCAGCAUGAAAGAGCAGAGUUGCUGAACGUAUAAAAGGAGGAGAUGGAAGCCUGCUGUGUGCUCUUUAAUUGUAAUACAUAGCAUGAUUUAGAAGUGAGGUGUUGGAAUUUUCCCCUAUUUCCCCAGCACAGUCUUAAGACUUUAUAGCAGGUUGCACACUACUGUCUUCAGGAGUCCCCAAAGCCCAUUUGGCUGGAUAGUGUGGCUCUCCUUCAGGGGAGAGAUGGGGCAAGCAUUUCCCUCCGUAUCUAUUUCCCUCCAACACCAAACUUUGUAGAGGAAAUCUGCAAAUCAUAUGGGUCUCUCAGGAAACUCUAUAGAUAUUUUUAGCAAUGGUAUGGUGCUUGUGGACUCCCCUUUUGUAAUAGUAAUUGUGCCAAGAAUUAGGGGAUAUGUAGACAAAAUGGGACCACCUUUAGAGAACUCUCUACAGGAGGGGAACUCUCAGAAGGGUUCUUUUCUCAUACCUUUUACUAUAACUGUGUCCUUUAUUGGUAUGAGAAUGAAAGACUGAAUCAUUUGGGAAAGAGAUAAUUAAUUGAUGCUUAUUUAAAAGCCUCAAGUAUUUUUGUUAGGUGGGCUAGAUGUAGCCUGUGUUUAUUUUUCUUGUCUGUCUGAUCUGUAAUUCAGGGAAAAUACUCACUGCGCAGGGAAUAAAAUUACAGGCUGUUUGAGGAUGGAAUCAUGGAGUAAAAGGGAAGCAGAGCCAAGUUUCAAUAAGGUAGGAAGCUGGUGGAAAGGCAAUUUUUAAUUUUGAAGUUAUGGGGAACAAGAUCUAAGGGCUAGAUCUCUGUGACUUCUUUAGCAGCUGUCAGCUGAGGUAAUGUGUGUGUAAGCAAUUCUGUGGGGUGAGGUGGGAGCUGUUUGCAGAAGGUAGACAUUCUUCCUUUCUGACUGGCAAGUGAGCAACCCUCCCUUCUCACCAAAUCAGUGAUGAAAGAGCUGAAGACUUCAUUAAGAAAUUGGUUUACCUUAUCACCUCGUUGAGGUGUUGGGCAUCAUUUAUUCUUCUGUUAUAUGAAAUGGAAUUUUGACUAACCUUUCAAACUAUUAACUCCCCCUUGAACCCAGGUUGUUCUGUUGUUGGAUUUUUAUUACUGCUUUUUGCCAGCUUCAUUUACAAUAGCAUUCAAGGAACAGAUAUAAGUUUCAUGGUUCAGCAUUUCAUAUAGGGGGCAAUUAUGUGAUUAGCUACAAAGGGAGCCUCCAAGGAUCUCCAGCCUAUCCAUAAUGAAUACGAGCAAGAUAUAUCCCUUUCAAGCUAGCAUUCCAAGUACCUUUCACAGCUGAAUACCAUGCAAGUGGCAUCAAGACAAGUCUUGUUUAUUGACCUCUGGAAAACCUUCAGAUGUUAUACUGGAAACCCAAGAUGGCUGUUCUCUGCAUGUACUACAGUCCAAACCUAAUACUUCUACUUUUACAGAAGCCCUCCCCCCAUUCUUCUGGACUACACAUUCCAAUGACCAAAACCAGCUAGCAGGAUUUGUACACACACUUUUCACAAGCAGAAUACCAGGCUUGCAGUUCUGCUUCUGACCUGAAGCCAUUUUUUUUCAAGUGUUUAAAAAAAAAUCAGCAGCAAAGACUAUUCUCUAUGCUGACUAAAAUAGCACUUUGGAAAGACUAUGUUUGCAUGGAACCCAAUGGACCAGUGCACAAUAUGCAAAUCUUUAAAAAAAACCUAUGGCUGUUUCUCUCCUCUAUGUUAUUUAUGCCAUUGUUCUGUCCACAUGGAAAGUGGUGUGAUUCAGCAGCUCAGGAAAAGGGAACAUUGGAUCACACACCCCUGGACCAGAGUUAUGGCAAGAGGAAAGAAACCAGCCCAGUCCCAUUGCUUGGGAAUGGAAAAACCCAUAAUUGUUUUCUUGCUUGUUUGGUUUUGUUAUAGCCUUGUCUUGGGUUUGUUUACAGAGAUGUAUUUUGUUUAUCCAAAUAUUAAAAAUAAGAAAAACCUUC